AUAUUAUAACCCGGAGGCCGAAUACUUCCCUCCUUUUGCCCCCAAAUAUAUACUCCAGAUUGGUAGUUUUCUACACUUUAACAGUGUUUUAGUAAUCCCCCAAAACACAGCAACUAUGGCGAUCGACACCGUACCGCCGCUCAUCGCUGCACAGCUAAAUUAUCUCAUCAACCACUCCUCUUUUCCCAUCAAGGUGGAUCAAAUGUGGUCUGGCUGCAAAAACCCUAGCCUGCUUGAUCGAUUCACUUUAGUCAUCCCCUUUUGCCUUGACUAUAUCAAAUGGGAUGUGAUAUACAACGCUGUAUAUCCAUUGGCGGCUCCGGAUAUAAUAUUUGGGCCUGAAGAUGAAAGUUUUUCGCCGUAUAAUGGGCUCAACGAAGCUGUGGACUCAAAAUCUUCUAAAAAUGGUUUGGCUGAUUGGAACAGCAAGGACCCCAGUCGGCUGUUGCGUCUUAUUAUUGAGCUCAGGGAUGCAUACACGACAUACCAGAAGAAACGUGUUGGAGAUGUUGAUGAUGAUAGAUUGAAGUUCGAACUCAGCACUAUGCUUUCAAGAGAGGGAAUUGAAAUGUGUACGAGUUCAGGCAUUGACAAGUCAGAAGAGGUCAGAUUUGCAGUACCUUUAUUGGAGAUGGAUAUAAAUAAAUUGGUUCCUGGGUCCACCUGGAAACGUCCGCAAAAGAUAUACUUACAGGUUAUAUUUCCAGUUGGUAAAAGGUCACCUUCAGCCCCACGCUUGAAAUUGGUGUCUCCCACUGAAUUGAAAGCUCUAUUUUCUAUUGAUGAUUUUAAACUUCCUCCUUGGUUAGAGGGGAUGUGCAUGGCUGAAUAUCUUCCAACUUUAGAGGAGAUGCUGCAAGCACAGAUUAUAGAUGCAGUCUCAUCAAUCGAAGUAAGAAGAAAGUUUAUAAUGGUUUUGGAGCCUCUGUUUGGAAGACCAUUGGAAGCUGAUCCGGUCUUCUGCAGAAAGGCGACUUUCUUGGCUAAUUCUGGGGUGUUCACUUUUCUAGUGCAUAUUUCCAUUCCUCUUCAAUUUCCAAAGCAGAAACCAACUUUGAUACUCCAGAGUUCACAGCAUUUUAUUUCCCAUGGUGCACCAGUGAAGUCACCUAUUUUGACCGAUUAUCCGUGGAGUCCCAGAUGGGAAAUCUCAGAAAUGGCUGGGAGGAUCUAUGAUUUUCUAGUGGAUGAAUGCUUGAACUUCAAGAAGUUCUGCAAUGAGAGUAUGGUUCUGCUGCGAUAGGGAAGGUUUCAACCUUAGAAGAAUCCUCCAUGAAAUGCAUUUAUCUGCAUAUCUGAUUGAUUCUUCACAUGUAUUUGAGAUUUGUUGUACGUAUUAGAUGUGUGUAUUUUCUGUAGAGAGGAAAAGAAAACGAAGGCUUUUCUUUGUCAAGUAAGCAAAAAAUUGUGCUCCUGAUUGUUUUAAGAACAGUGCUUCCUGAAUUUAAAUUAUUGAAGUGUCAUUUGCUUGGGGUUCAAAAUGAGAAGUCAAUCCUAGCUUUGGUGUA